GUCCACAGAAAGACCAACACUAACCUUCUGCCUUAAUUUCUACACAAUUCCUUCAGCAUCAAUUGUGGCUGCGCUGCACUUAGCAUUGUCAGGACUAAGCCAAAAAAAAAAAAAAGUAUAUACUUUUUCUGACGAAAAUUUGAGUUCUUUGAUCUGCAAAAGAGUUCACAGGCAUUGAUAUUAUUGUUUCUAUAUCAGUAUCAGUGUCCUAAGCUGUUGAGAAGAUGGGAACUACGCUGUUCACUAGUUGUAGCUUUCCUUGGAAUCGGAAAUGCCAUUUGCUGGCUCAUUCUUCCCAAGAAACUGGAAUAUCAAGAGUUAAAGCAACAGCAGAACCAAGAGAAAGUGGGUUUCUUGAGGGAGAAAUUGAUAAGUCCUCCGUGUUCUUUAAGAGAAGGUCAGUUUUGGUUUCUGGGAUUUCUAUAGUUUCUUCCGCAGUUCUGGAAUAUUCAGGAGAGGGAUUGGCAGUAGUGAAACAAGGCCUUUUAGCAGGGAGGAUCCCAGGUUUAUCAGAACCAGAUGAAGAAGGCUGGAGGACAUACCGCAGACCAGAUGAGAAAUCUGGGGGGCAUGGUGUAGGAUGGAGUCCAAUUAUCCCUUAUUCUUUUGCAGUGCCUCAAGAUUGGGAAGAGGUUCCAGUAUCCAUUGCUGAUCUUGGUGGCACAGAGAUUGAUUUGAGAUUUGCCAGCUCCAAGGAAGGACGACUGUUCGUCAUUGUUGCUCCUGUUCUUAGAUUUGCAGACAAUCUUGGUGAAGAUGCAACAAUUCAGCGUAUUGGACCUCCAGAGAAAGUGAUCAAUGCAUUUGGACCAGAAGUGAUAGGAGAGAAUGUAGAAGGGAAGGUUCUAAGCACAAAUGUUGCAGAACAUUCUGGAAGAAUGUAUUACCAGUAUGAAUUAGAGCCUCCUCAUGUACUGAUCACUGCAACCGCUGCAGGAAAUCGGCUCUACUUAUUUGCAGUAACAGGAAGUGGUCUUCAGUGGAAAAGGCACUACAAGGAUUUGAAGAGAAUAGCUGAAUCUUUCCGUGUUGUCUAGUUGAGCUCUUAUCUGAAUUGAACUAAGCAAAGCAGUAUGCUUUUCCCCCCCGCAUUCUAAAACAAGAACAGAUAGGAGAAUGCAUUUACAGCAAAAUUAAUUCCCAUUUAAUAUACUUUGUUCGAAGAAAAUUUGUGAAAUGCUCUGUAGAGGUUUUGAAAAAAAAAUGUAUUUACAGUAUUUACGUUCAAGUUAAA